AUGGGGAACGGCAGAGGAAUAUGGACUUUCUUACUUCUAAUCAAUUUAUUUGUUAUCGUCCAGUGCGCGUGGCCCCAGUCUUCAUGCAAGGGUAAACGUACUAUUUAUACAGCCCCCGAGGGCACAGUGGCCAGCGGGGUCGGGACUGAUGGCACUUACACAAAUUUCUCCCGAUGUGAAUGGCUUAUUGAUGCAGGAGGCUCCAACAAGUCCAUUCUGCUGACAUUUAAAAAGAUGGAUACAGAGUGCUCCUAUGACUUCCUCUUCAUUUUUGAUGGCCAAUCUUACAAUAGUAAACUGCUGGCAAGUGUAAGCGGCAACACCCGACCAGACCCCAUAGUGGCUCGGACAGGCUAUAUGCUGAUCUAUCUGUUUACGGAUAGGAACUACAACCUGGAGGGUUUCCAAGCUGACUAUAAGGUGCAGGAUUGUGCUUUCAACUGUCAUCUCCGAGGUUCAUGUAUAAACAAUCGAUGUGUUUGUAACAGUUACUAUACUGGUGUGGACUGUGAGCUCCGCAUCUGUCCCAACUCCUGUGGAUUUGGUGACUGUAAAACUAUCAAUGAUGAGAAGAUAUGUAAGUGUAAUGGUGGAGUGAUGGGGGAGGGAUGUGAUUUACCUAUCCAUGGUCGUAACGGAACAGGCAUGUGGUAUAGACUGGCACCCUCGACAAGGAGUUUUACCCCACGUACAUCACACGCUGGCGUGUUUGUACGGGAGGAAGAGUGUCUGUAUAUAUAUGGCGGCUAUACACUAAACAUGGUCCUGGGGGAUUUAGUGAGAUUCUGUGUCCGCAAUAGUCAGUGGGAGGCGGUGGAGAGGAACAAUCAAAGUGACUUUUGGCCAGUAGCUCGUAAGGAACACAGAAUGGUGAAAUAUGGUGAUGGACUCUACAUUUUUGGUGGGAUGCAUUCAGAUGGAUCGCAUUGUAAUGAGUUACUGUUUUAUAAUCUUACAUCACAAACUUGGACACAGAAGGCACUCAACAGUUCUAUAAAGCCACAAAAACUCACUGGACACUCUCUGACUUUAGUCAACCAUUGGAUUUACGUAAUUGGUGGCAAGGUGGAGCAGGGAUUAUUCUCCUCCUCUAUAUAUAGAUAUGAUCUAAAUAGUAGUGAGGACCAGUGGGAAGAAGUUUACUUAAAAGGAGGUCGUCCGGUUCAGCAGUUACUUGUAGGACAUACAGCUGUCUACCAUAAAGAAUCUCGCUCAAUUAUAGUCUUUGGCGGAUAUUCAGCCUUGCAGGCUCGAUUUGCAAAACUGUCCAGUCGACUGUUUAUGUUUAAUGUAGAGACACUGUUUUGGGGCGAGGUGGAAUACCCAGAGAAACAACGUGUCUAUUCAUCCUCCAGCAUUCAGCGGGCCUAUCAUACUGCCUCUAUCAUGGGAAACUACAUGGUGAUUUAUGGAGGCAAUGUACACAUGCAUAACUCCAUAGAAACAUGUUAUGAUCACAAGAUCCACUUGUACCAUCUCGGCUGUCACCAAUGGAUUAGACACCCAGGAGUACACUCUCACUCAGCUGCUUCAAAUGGUGAACCAAAGAAAGGUCGGUUUGGACAUGUUGCAGUGCCAGCCUAUAACAACAUUUUGCUAAUUGUUGGCGGUUACAGUGGUUAUGUUCUUGGUGACCUUGUGGCAUACAAGUUUCAGGGUGUUGUUUCACCUCCAGAGAAUGAAGAUGACAAGGACCUUGACCACUGUGAGAACUAUGCUGACCCCCAACAUGAACGCUGUCCCCAGGAUCCUGAAUGUGCUUUCUGUUCAGAGAAGCGUGACACACGCAUGCCUGGCUGUGUUCACCGUACACGGUUAGAUAAAUGUGCUGAUUCAAGGAAUGCCAAGAUGUAUAACUGUUCAGGCCUGUGUCACGCUCUACAUACAUGUCAGUCAUGUCUAACCCACGGUCAUCAAGUCAGACUCACGGACAAGUCACCCAAACAUCGCUUCUACCAGCAUGAGUGUGUGUGGUGUAUCAGAAAUUCAACAUGUUCCCGAAAGUCAGUGACAGCCUGUAGUAGCUCUCCCAGUUCGUCCAUCUCUGGGAUCAGUGGCUGGUGGAAUGGCUCCAACACUAAGUGGGAGGAAGUGGACCAAUGUUCACUUGAUGAGAUCCCAGCAGGGAUACAGAUGAUCAUUCAUUACAAUCACGCUAGUAGUGACCAACCUGAUGAGGUGAAGAUCCUACACUCCACGGAGGAGUUGCUGGACUUUGAGUCGUAUAAGGGUAAGACAGAUGGCCACCUACAAAUGACAAUGAAAGGCUACAUUCAUCCCCUGGCUGCAACACCUGUAUAUGGCACAGACAAACUACGUGUGUUUCUCAUGACCUCCAGUCUUCCGACUGUCCUCCAACUUAGCAAUGACAGUACAGCAGAAAAACUGGAGGUUGUUGCUAUGAUCAACAAGACAAACUCUCCUGGUGCCCGCAGUGUUGAGUCAAUCAGGAAUGCAAGCAGACCACUUUUUCCCCAUACAGCUAGGGGCUACAAGUACUUAUUUAUUAUCAGCGGCACAAGUGAUAUGAAAGAGAAGCAGAACUCAACUGUGUCACUUGAAUGGAAUAUAGCUAGCAGUGAGUUUAAUAGGGGUAAGCAGAUCCGACCGUUCACUUUGGAGUUCUUGGAGCAGUAUCAUUCACCACACUGUGGCCAUCACCAUAACUGUUUGGCCUGUAUGUCAAACGCUGAAUGUGGCUGGUGUCCCUACACAGAAACUUGCGACCACAAGGGCAGCAACUCCAGUCUUUCUUCCUGUAUUGGCCCUGAUCUCCAAGCUUACCUCAUUACCCAGCCAAAUGACUGUGUGCAGUGCUCUGACUAUGUAGACUGUCACAGCUGUGCUUCGGAUGAGCUCUGUGAAUGGAUCACUAAAGAUGUGAGAUGUACUAGGAGAUGGAGGACCCAUACAAUGAUCAAGGAUCCUGCAAAAUGUCCCAUCGAAUGUCACCAACGAAGGUCAUGCAGUUCCUGUAUACUACCCAACAGUGAAUGUUUCUGGUGUGAGAAUACAGGGACUUGUCUUCCUUUUGCCCACUACAUCUCACGCUUUGUCAAUGGUCAAUGUCGUGAGUGGAUGGACAGUGAAGGAAUUGAGUCCUAUAGCUGUAAGAACUGUUCAUCUCACACAGUUUGUGAGACAUGUCUAGACAUGUAUGGAUGUGGCUGGUGUAGUGACUCCGAUAAUCCCUCUAUAGGUCGCUGUGUUGACGGAGACUUUGCAGGACCAUAUUACGGACAGAACUGUUCCGUCAUCAUGCAUGACAUACAGAACAGAACAGAAGUGCAGUUGGCUGACUGGUCAUAUCAGCGUUGCCCCGAAGUUAACGAGUGUAUCCUUGGGUUCCAUAACUGCCAUGACAAUGCAACUUGUGAGAACAUCGACGGCAGCUACUUGUGUCAUUGUAACCGAGGCUUCAAAGGGGAUGGUCAGCACUGCCUGAAAACGUGUCACUAUACAUGUGUACAUGGGAAUUGUUCUGAAGCACCAGACUAUGAGUGUCACUGUAGACUCGGCUACACAGGACCUGACUGUAACACGAGCUGCCAUUGUAAUCUUCGCAGCACCUGUAGUCAGGGUGUUGGUUUGUGUGACGAAUGUCAACAUAACACUACUGGACAUCACUGUGAAAAGUGUGUGCCUGGCUUCCAUGGAGAUCCUGCUAACCUUAUGGGCUGUGAACCAUGUAAGUGUAAUGGUCAUGGUGAUGUUGAACUGGGUCUGUGUUCUGCGACUGGUCAGUGCCAUUGUGUGGAUCACACCACUGGAGAUCACUGUGAGGUCUGUGAAGAAGGUCACUAUGGCAACCCAGAGAAUGGAGGUAGAUGCUACAGAUCUUGUGACACGCCCACUGUACUAAAUAGCACUAGUGGAUAUAUUGGGUCAUACAGGGGCACCGGACUGAAGAAAUGGCAUGCUUACUGUAUUUGGAUUAUUGCCCCUCUCAGUGGGGAUAAACUGGAGCCGGUCCGUGGGGACUCACAAUACGACACACCUGCAAUCAACAUCACCAUUGAGGACAUUGACACUGAUUGUGGCUGGGAUUAUGUGUAUGUGUAUGACGGUAUCCCAGACUUCAUUGACGGCAAUAAAGAUGCAUUUGGGACACUCCUGGGUGUAUUUUGUGGAAAGAAAGCGGGAUACUCUGUCCUUGCUAAGUCUCGGAUUGUUACCAUCUACUUUGAAACGGACAUCUCCAAACACCAUCGUAUACCUGGAUUUAAUGCCAGCUAUCACAUGAACAAAUGUCCCUCUGUGUGCUCCACAAACAAAGUGUGUGAGGGUGACCGCUGUAUCUGUGAGAGUGGCCAUGAUGGUCCUGACUGUGACAACUACAUCUGUACAGACAACUGUACCUUUAUACAGGAGAGAUAUUCAUGUAGAUGUCAAGGUAACUUCCAGGGGGGAGCUAACUACAGUAUUGAGCUGUUACCCUGGUUCUACCAAGCAGUACCACGUCUUAGGGGCCUGUUUGGUCAGUGGAACAGGUAUGGCCACACCCUUACAGCCUGUGGAGAUGAGCUGCUCUACAUGUUCGGAGGUCAUUCUCUAGAGAAGGGGCUACUCAAUGAUCUGUGGGUAUUUAACAUCACCCGAAACAAGUGGAACCAAAUCAUGCCGAUUACCAUCGAUGAACCAGAGAGCAGGUAUUACCACGCUGCUGCCUGUAUUCCUAUAAAGAGACAGCUGUUUAUAUAUGGAGGAUUCAUCAAAGACAGGACUGGUAACCAGAAAUACAAGGCUUCCAAUGAGCUCUGGAGCUUCUCUAUUGGUGGGCGCAAGUGGACACGUAUGUCGGUACCAGCCCUGGUAAAACCUGUGGCUGGACACACUAUGACACGAAUAGAGGAAACUAAGCUACUUAUCAUUGGGGGAUUCUCAACAGAAAACUACUUCUCCAACAUGAUCUACAUGUUUGAUACCAACGUGGAGCAUGGAAAGGCAUGGUCAGAGUAUGAUCGGGGUAGUUUGGAUGGAGCUGUUCCUUUAGGAUUGUAUGGACAUACCGCAGUUUAUCAUGAACAAACAAAUGCCAUCUUUGUCUACGGAGGGAUGUUGUUUCAUAUUGAUAAAUUCUCAGUAUCAGACCAGCUGUAUGUUUUGAAUCUAGAGAAUGACAAGAAAGAAUGGAAUGUCCUCCAGGCUGAGGAGGGUAGUCAGAAGGAUGCCCGCUUUCUUCACACAGCAGUAGACAUGGGAGACUACAUGGUAGUGAUGGGAGGACGAACAGACAACUCCAACUUCUCUAACAGCAUCCUCAUCUAUCGAUACCUCUGUAACUAUUGGCACAAAUUUGAUUUAGGAGAUGUGUCCUUCAGUCGACCUCUACACUCUGUGUUGGCACCAAGCUCUGCUGUGGUAAACAAUAGUAUAUAUGUGAUGGGAGGUCUGGACCACUUUGUUCACAGUGAGAUUAUCAAGCUUGACCUGCCCAGUGAUGUGUGUAGCCUGAUUGGAGACCUCAACCGCUGUGUCAACUCCUCAGGCUGUUCUGCCUGUAUCAUGUCCACUCCUGGGGCCCAGAACAGGACGUACUGUUACUCCAACAGUCGGCCAGAGCCUGCAUUCUGUGAGGCACCCCAUGUGACAGUAAUUACUGGAGAGCAGUGUAGUCUACAGUGGCACCUUGAGCGUUCCUGUUACCAAUACAAAGACUGCUCCCAUUGCCUUGCUACCUUUCCUCACUUCAAACAGAAUUAUUCCAAGGCGUGUAAAUGGUGCACCAACUGUCCCAAGGGUAAGUGCAUCCCUUUUGAUGGUGAAUGUAAGCUAGAAAAUGAGUGUGACGCAAACACUCUGAACCAAGUGAAGCUGGAGGCAGGGCAGUGUGAAGAGUUCUCCUGUACAGCCUCAGACUGUGAUAAGUGCCAUGCUAAUAGCUGUCUUUGGGCCAAUAACAUCAAACGAAAAGCUGAAAAGACCCUGAUCCUAACAGGAAAUCAGCCAUUUGAGUGGGGAUGUUUCCUGUUGAGGACGGUGACAGAAGGACCUCUCGAGCGCUCACAGUCCCAGGAUAUCUGUCCAGCCCGAUGUCACACCUAUCGUACCUGUACCUCCUGUCUCAAGUCAACGGGAAGUGAAGGAGGUUCUAAGGAAUGUAUCUGGAGUGAGAUGUUACAGGAGUGCAUGCCACCUGCCUACCACCAUCUCCACUGUGCUGGUGGAGAAUGCGGCCUCAUUAUCCAAGCAGCAAGAAGCAAAUGUCCACGCCCAUGUAAGGAGUAUGGCUGGUGCUCAGAGUGCCUUCAGGCUCCAGGCUGUGGCUGGUGUGCUUUCUUAGGACUCAAUGGCUUGGGAGUUUGUAUGAAGGGAGGUGUGAAUAGCCCCAUAGGGGGUCGAUGUGAUGAACAUGUGGUGGAGCCAGAUGAAGGAGAGGUGCAAGCACAGGAAAAUCCCUAUCUACGCCUAUCGAUGGGUCCCCCACAGUGGGUGUUCACCAAAUGCGUCACUGAGAAUGAGUGUUUGAAUAACCAUCACAGCUGUAACAGGGAGAGGCAGCGUUGUAUAGACAAACCUGAAGGCUUCAUGUGUGAAUGUAAGAAGGGUUAUCUGUGGAAAGAACGUAAGGACAUCUGUGAGCCUGUAUGCCAUCAAGGCUGUGUACAUGGGGUGUGUGAUGCACCUGAUCAUUGUACAUGUGACUUUGGCUGGGUAGGCAAUGACUGCAGCACCAAGUGUAAGUGUAACGGUUACAGCAAGUGUCUCAGUGCUAUGGAGAAAGAAAAUUGUCUUGACUGCAUCAACAAUACACAGGGUCCACACUGUGAACACUGUCAGAAGUUAUAUGUAGGAUCACCUCAGGACAAGAAACCCUGUGUGCCUUGUCUGGAACACUGCCACAACCACACACCAAAUUGUACAUUUCGAGACGGCAUGAACAACCAUUCAAUUUUUUGGGAUGUAAGUAUUCCCUCAAAUUCUAGGAUUAAGUAUUCCCCAUACUUCUGGGAUAGUAAAGACAAUAGCUUUGGAUCACGUGGCCCAAAAGAAGAUGAGGCAAUGUGUGUCAACUGUAUGUACAACACUGAAGGACGGCGUUGUGAGAAUUGUCUAGAGGGCUACUUCAGGGUAGAGAAAGAGGGAAAAACAGCCUUUGAUAAGUGUAUCAAGUGCCAGUGUCACGGCCACAGUGACAUGUGUGACAGUAAGUCUGGCCUGAACUGUCGCUGUGCCAAUAACACUGAGAGUCCCUGUCAGAGUCAGAAGAUAGACAAGGAGUCUGCGGAGAAGUGCUGGCAGAAACAGUGCUCUGCCUGUAAGGAGUACUUCUUAGGAACACCUACGAAUGGUCACCAUUGUUACCGUCAGAUGACAGUAGAUCGAGAUUACUGUCUAGAUCCAGACACACAGAAGAAUUGUAACCAAAAUCCUGGACCACUGUUGAGAGGGCGCACUGUCUUCUUUGCCGUCCAACCACGCUACCUCAAUGUAGACAUCCGAGUUACCAUAGACAUCACAAAAGGAGGUGUUGAUAUCUACUUCUCGUCAAGUGACCAGACCUUUAUUGUUGAUGUGAGCAAGGCCAAUGGUUACCACAGCAUCAAGCUUGACCCUUCUCUGGCCUCUGACCUGAUAUUUCCCCAUCCACAGGAAAUUCAGCAUGGUAGUCGUCACAGACGUAGUGUACAGAAUAGCUCAUCACACAAGUGGCAUGAACUGAUAGAACUGAAAGCUAAUGACUUCCACACCUACCAUACUGUCAAAAUGACCCACACUAUCCUUAUCAUCCAGAAUGUUCAGUCACGAGUGGUUAUAACGCUGCCCCUCGAAUUGGGACUCAAGACUUCAAAGUUUUAUGUGGUAAUGUACGGACGUGGAGGUCCUACAUCCAAUGAGACAUACGGAAACCUCUACUUCAGACAAGAUCAGACACAUAUAGAUCUGUUUGUGUUUUUCUCUGUAUUUUUCUCCAGUUUUUUCCUAUUUCUUGCCAUGUGUGUGUUACUAUGGAAACUUAAGCAAGCUGUCGAUGCUCAGAGAAGCAGACGUGAACGUGCUAAAGAGAUGAUGCAUAUGGCGUCACGUCCUUUUGCACGUGUUCUUAUUCUUAUUGAACCUGAGCCUCUGCCUUUUGUAUCGACGCCAUUACCAAGGCGGACAAAGUAUAUGAAGUUGUCCAAUCGUAACACAUCAGGGAUGGUCCUGACUCCUGUAGAGACUUUACAACUUCCUUUUCAACCCAUGGCAAAGGAUGAACAUCCAUUUGAUGUUGUGGCCAUGGCCAUUGAACCUACGGAUGAUGGGAUAUCGGCUGUCAGGACAGCUAUGUUCCAGAUGCCUGGUGGCCCAACAGUUCCCACCAAGCUGUGUCUUGGUUCUACUUUGACUUUAAGUGUUCGGGCAGCCAUGAUGGGAAUGAAAGUGACAUCACGGCGACGCCCAAGCUCUACAGUAUGUUGA